UUAGAAGGGAAGGAAUCCAAGAAAAUGUCCAAUUAUCAUAGAAUUCGAGGCGUAAUGUCUGUAAUUGGAGGGUUUCUGAUAAUGUUGACUGCUGGAGCUUUUCAUGGAACUAUUGGGAACAUGGCGCCUUACUUUGCUUCCUACAUAAGACAGUUUGAUGAAACUAUUACUAAUGAAGAUCUUGGCGUAGUUCUGGCAGUGGGUGGUAUUUUCCAGGGAGUUGGAGCUCUUUUAGGAGGAAGUGUAAUUAUACCCUGGUUUGGAUAUAGAAUUGCAUUGCUAUGUGGGAUACUGGUCUACUGCUCUGCACCUAUACUUAGUUAUUUUUCAUUAACUAAUUCAACCCUGACAACACUUACAUUUUCGUAUGGCGUACUGUCGGCUGCAGUUGUAAAUUUGAUAAUGAUGCCCAGCCAAUAUAUUCCAUGUUCCUGGUUUCCUAACAGAAAAGGAUUGGUGAUUGGUAUUAUUUUUGCUGGGUUUGGAUUGAGUCCUGCUGUUUUUUCUCCACUACAAACUCUCAUAAUCAACCCAGAUAAUACUCCUCCAUUAGAGGUUCCUGGAUCAAAUUCUACCUCAAAAUAUUUCCUUGAUCCCCUAGUUCUUGAAAGGAUUCCCUUGUCUUUACUGUACAUGGCUGGGAUCUACAUUGUACUAUUUACUAUUGGGUUCCUCCUCUGUACAGAAUACAAAGAUGAAACUAAAAUAGAUCUUGAAAAAACAGAAAAGCCUGUGCCAAAUUUUGAAGCAGUCAAAACAAGGAUUAAGGACUCCACAAAUUAUAUUCAGAAAGUUGGUGUAAGAAGCAGAGAGUUUUAUCUUCUAUCUUUUGCAAGAUAUGCUCUGCUUGUUGUUGGUGGUGGCAUUUUUAUGCAUUGGAAAGGUCUUAGUCUGCGGUUGAGUUCUGAUGAUCAGAUGAUAUCUAUUAUUGGAGGAAUAAAUGGACUCAUGAGCUGUAUUGGUAGAAUUGUAGUUGGAAUACUGAUUGACAGGUUCUCCUUUAACUGCCUGAUGCCUGCAGUUAGCAUAGGAAUGACUCUGGUUAUGAUAUUAACUGUCCCAGUAUCAUGGUAUUCAUUCUGGGGGUUUGUAGUUCUACUGUGGUUAGGUUACUUCCUCUCCUUUAUGCACUUUAUUACAGUUCCUUUUCAGAUAAUGAAGAUUUAUGGGGAUAAACAAAGCAGUUCAGUACUGGGGUUAGUAGGUGCUGUUGAUUCCCUGGCUUAUGCUACUGUUGGACUUCUUAACUUGGCUGUUUUUUCAUUUACAGAAUCCUUUCUACCAUAUUUCUUGGGAUUGGCUGGAUUUAGUUUGAUAACAGUAGCAGCCAAUUAUUAUGUAAGAGAUGAACUAGUAAGUAAUUCAUUGGAACAUUUACAAACCUCAUAGCUUGUAAAUUGUAAUUCAUGUAUGAAACUUUUGCAAAAAUAUUAUAUAAAUAAUGUUGUAUAAAAAUUUUUUUUUUGUCAAUAAUAAACCAGCUGAAACUGAACUUAAUUACACAAAAGGCAUUAAAAUGUAUUGAAAUGUGUUUACUUGCAAUAAAUAUUAAGACAUCGA